AUGGAUGAUUCGAGAGUGGCAAAGUGCACCUAUAGUGCUGGAACUUUAAUGCUUAUUUUGUCUUCAACUACUACUUUUGAUUGGCUGUCCAACGAGUUGUGUAGUAGGUUCAAGCUGAAGUUAGGUCAUUUUGAGUUGAGGGAUAAGGCUGUAGUGACUUAUGUUCAAACUGUUAAUACAAACAUAAUUGCUUCUCCUUUUUUGUUGGAGGCUGUUCCUAACAAUGACAGUUUUGCACAAGAUGAGGAUACAUGUAAAUAUUCAAGUCAAACUGGUAGUAUUGUUGAUUCAAGUGAGGGUUAUAUUACUCAUGAGGGUCAGAAGUUUGAGGGUGGAGUUUGUGAAUUCCGUGAUAAGUUGGCUAAGUACUCAAUUGAGAAUGGUUUUAAGAUGAAAUAUUUGAAAAAUGAGCCUCGUCGUGUUAUUGUUGUGUGUGCUAAGAAGGAAUCAAAUGACUAUGAGUGGCAUGUGCAUGAUGUUAAGUCAAAUGUAAAUGGAUUUUUUUAUAUUAAGAACUUAAAUAAUGCACACAGUUGCAGUGGUUUGAUCCGUGAGAAGAGAAAUAAGGCAAUGGGGUCUCGUUUGGUAUCUUCAAUUGUCAAAGAUAAGGUUCGUAGCAAUCCUUUGGUAAGGCUUAUUGAGCUGAUUACUGAUUUGAAGGAGAAUUAUGGAUUGCAUAUCCCUUAUCAUGUUGCGUGGUGUGGGAAGGAGUCAGCUACUAAGGAUUUGCAUGGUGAUGAGAAGUUGUCUUAUGCUAACCUGCCUUGGCCUCCAUUGAUGGUUUUCGGUGGUGUAGGCCUAUGCUGUCCGUUGAUGGUACUUUCGUCACAAACAAGUACAAGGGUACUCUUCUAUGAGCUACUGCAAAGAAUGGAAAUAAAGAAGUAUUCCCUUUUGCCUUUGCGAUUGCAUCCGGUGACACUCUGGACAAUUAGAUGUGGUUUCUGCAAAGGAUAUCUGAAGUCUUGGUGGAUGAAGUUGUUGUAUGUACCGACUGUUGAGGAAUAUCAAGAUACGUUGAAAAAAUUAAGAGAUGAUGGCGGUUCAAAAAUAAUUGAUAAGUUUUUGGCUGAUCUCCCUGCCCAAAAUUUUGCUAAUGCAUUUUUUCCGAGAAAGAGGUAUGGGGAGGUCAGUAAUGCCUUGUCCGAGUCAUUUAAUUCAUGGCUUAAGGAUGUGCGUAAGCUUCCAAUUUAUGAGAUGAUUGACACUGUUAGGAUCAAAAUGAUGGAGAUGAUUUCUAGGAGGAAGCUUGCAUCCGAGAAAUGGAGUAGUGUUUUGUGUCCUGUUAUUGAGGAUGAGUUAAAGAAUUUAGCUGCAAAGGGUCGUCAUUGGAGGAUAUGUCGCGCGGGUGAAUCUAUUUUUGAAGUUCAUGCUGAUUUGAGUGUUAUGGUCAAUUUGGACGAGAGGUUUUGCUCCUGUUAUCAGUGGCAAUUGCUUGGGUUUCCGUGUCAACAUGCGAUUCAAGUUAUCCAACAUUCCGGGUUACGUUUGUACAACUUUGUGGAUGAGUAUUACAAGGCAGACUUUUAUAGGGUUACUUAUGCAACCCCUAUAUUUCCCAUACCUGAUACUGAGAAGCCUCAUCCUGGAGAUGUUUUUCUUCUACCUCCUCAUACAAAAAAGCCUCCGAGACGACCUCCGACAAAGCGCUUCAAGUUAAGCAGUGAAACUAAAAGGCAGGUUAAGUGCAAGAGAUGUGGUUCUUGUGAUUGUCAUAAUAGAAGGACUUACAAGUUUCCUAUUUGA